AUGGCGAGCAAUCACAGAGCGGCCCUUCUCUACCAUAGAGAGCGAGCACAGAGCGCCCUACCAUACCCAGGACCAUGGAGAGCGAGCACAGAGUGGUGCCUUGACACUGUAGAGAGCGAGCGCAGAGCGCCGCGCCAGAGCCAGGACAUGGAGAGCGAGCGCAGAGCGGUGCCCCUGUACCAUAGAGAGCGAGCGCAGAGCGCCGCGCCAGAGCCAGGACAUGGAGAGCGAGUGCAGAGCGGUGCCUCAAGAGCGAGCCCAGGGCGGCCUUUCAGAGCCGGGAUCACGAAGAGCGAGCACAGAGCAGCGCCUGUCUCCAUAGAGAGCGAGUGCAGAGCAUGUCAGCAGUGUCUGGUCAGGGACCAGGGCCCCAUUGUGCUAGGCGCUGCACAGACACUGGACGAAGACACAGGUCCCGUUGCCCUAGGCGCUGCACAGACACAGGGCAAAGACACAGGUCCCAUUGCGCUAGGCGCUGCACAGACAGUGGACGAAGACACAGGUCCCAUUGCGCUAGGCACUGCACAAACACAGGGCAAAGACACGAGCCCCAUUGCGCUAGGCGCUGCACAGACACUGGACGAAGACACAGGUCCCAUUGUGCUAGGCGCUGCACAGACACAGGGCAAAGACACAGGUCCCGUUGCGCUAGGCGCUGCACAGACACAGGGCAAAGACACGCGCCCCAUUGCCCUAGGCGCUGCACAAACACAGGGGAAAGACACGAGCCCCAUUGCGCUAGGCACUGCACAGACACAGGGCAAAGACACGAGCCCCAUUGCCCUAGGCGCUGCACAAACACAGGGCAAAGACACGAGCCCCAUUGCGCUAGGCACUGCACAGACACAGGGCAAAGACACGCGCCCCAUUGCCCUAGGCGCUGCACAAACACAGGGCAAAGACACGAGCCCCAUUGCGCUAGGCGCUGCACAGACACAGGGCAAAGACACGAGCCCCAUUGCCCUAGGCGCUGCACAAACACAGGGCAAAGACACGAGCCCCAUUGCGCUAGGCACUGCACAGACACAGGGCAAAGACACGAGCCCCAUUGCCCUAGGCGCUGCACAGACACUGGACGAAGACACAGGUCCCAUUGCGCUAGGUGUUGCACAGACACAGAGGGAAGACACAGGUUCCGUUGUGCUGUGUGUGGCCCUAACACGGCAGCCAGACUAGUGGGAAUCAGGAUGAUAGAGGGAUGUAAUAGAAACAUGGGGUGAGUCAGUGGAAGGAAAUAGUGAGGCAUAAGAAGCAGCUGUCCCAACUCACUAGCAGCCAAGCCGGUGACCCCUUUGUCUGUAGCACCAACUGCAGAAAAGAGUUUGAAUGAGGAGGCCUUGUGCAAGUGAUGGGGUGCUAAGCUAGGCUUUAUAAUGGAAGCUAGUUGCUAUCAUAUUUAUGCUAAGUGCAUGCAGAGAAUCUUUCUCCUCUCCCAGCCAUCCUUGAUAGGUGAGACAUACUGGGUCUCUGACUCCUGCAGAGUGAGACCCCAUUUUCAUGGGUUUCCUUCUCCGCCCUAGCACUCCAACAUCCCCAAAUCUGUUUACUCAUCGUCACUGCCUGCUCUUUCAGAUUAAGUAGCUGCUUGGCUUCCCAAGCUGGCCUCAAGCAGAUGUGAUGCAGCACUGGCCAGUGGCUGCUUGUGUCCAGGGGGAGAGAUGGCUGUGGAACCCAAAGCAUCUCUUCUUUGUUUUGGAGAAAGUAAUCAGAGACUAAUAUGGUGGGGUCAGCAGUUUGUCUGAAACACCCACCCAAUUAGCAAAUGUUGGUCCAACUGGGCAUUGUUAAGUGGGUUCUGCUGAUUCCCUGAGACAGGGGGACUCAUUAACCCACAGAGAUAUAAAGUGGAAGGGUGUGGCUCUGUUAACCCCCCCCCAAAUAUUUUCCCUCCCUUCUCUUCAGUCAGCCAGCCUCAUACUCCCCUUCUCUGCCCCCACAUUCCCUCAGCCUCACAGUCUCCCUCUAAACUCAUCCCAGACACUUCCAUUCUCUCCCUGUUCAAUCCAUAUGACACAUGUGAGAAAGACAAGGUGGGUGAGGCAAUAUCUUUGUGAAAAGUGUUCUCCCAUGAGUGAUAGGGUGUUUGUGUCUUUUAUCACUUUUCAGUGUGAGUUAAUUCAAGGGUAUACUAUCUGAGUGAAACCAGACAAUCACUACGCUCACCAAUGAACUCACACAGAAAAUAGUUCUUUAUUAUAAAAUAUUUUAAUGAAUUGAGCAGUUGUUGUUGUGUCUUUAGUGCUGAACAGCGGCAACACCUGAAUUAAAGCAUUCCUACAGAUCUGCAUGAUCAGAUGCUGUUUUGCCUGCAAUGAAGUUUCUUUAUGGCCUAGAAUUCCUGAAUAAUUUGCUGCUGCCUGCCUUUCCAUAAGGAAACUUAUAUGGUCAGUAAUCCUGACACAACCAACUCAUAUACCAAACAUUCCAUGGACAUCAGAUUCUCUCUCAAGACAUUAAGGCCCUGUCUUCACUAAGGAAAAAAGUUAAGUUUUUACUACAUGCUAGCUAACACAUGGUAAUUGACACACGGAAAAAUCCUAGAGAAUUCAAGCCAGUGGUAGGUUUUGUGGUUUGCUUGUUUUACUAAUUAUUUAGGAAAUGUUAACAGAUUUUAAAGUAAACUUUUAUUUAGAGAAACAUUA